AUGUAAAGGCCAUUAACAAGCAUCACAUCAUCAUCAUCAUAAUAAUAAUCAAAAAUUUAUGAUAAUAAUAGUACUUCUUUUAGAAUCAAAGAAAAUAAAAAAAAUAGGUAAAAAGAUUGAUUAAUAUUAAAAAAAGGUAAAUGCCUCAAUAGAUGCUUUAUGAUAAAGAGGGAUUGUAUGAAGAGAAUUUGAAAUUGAAGAAAGAAUUAUUAUAAGUGAAAUUUGAAUUAAAGAAGGAGAGAUAGGAACAUGCAAAUUUUGAGAAGCAAGUAUAAAAAACUAAUGAAACUUAAAAAGAUGUAAUUAUGUGAUGAUUUAGACAGUUUUAAGUUAUUUUAUCUUAGAGAGCAAGAAUCAAGGAGUAGGAUAAAUAAAUCAAAGAAUUUGAAGACUAAAUUUUUCAGUUGAAACGUAAUCCUGAAAGGACAAAGAAUAAAGAAUUAGAAGCUGAAUUAAAAGAAUAAAAAGAUGCUUAUCAAAAGUUACAAUAAUACAUUAGUAGUAAAUGUAUUCAAGAUGCUAAUGAAACUGUUAUGAUUAAUUAAUCAUUAAAAGAUCAAAUCCAAAUUAAUUUAGUUUAAGCCUACAAAUAAGAUAACUUAAAUUUAUCUUAAAUGAUUAUGAAUUUAUAAUCAGAAAAUAAUAGUUUACAAUAAAAUUUAUUAUCACUUAAAACUGAUAAAGAUAGAUUAACAAACAGGGUAAAAGAUUUAGAGAAAUAAUUCGAUACUGUAAAUAAACAUAUGAUGUAUAUGAGAUAAGAAAUGUAAAAUACUAAAAAGUAAACUCCAUCGGAAGAUUAUUUAAAAAAAAUAGAUGAAUUGUAAUAGUAAGUCUAAAAUUAAGCAAAAUAAAUAUAAUCUAAUAAAAAACUUAUUGAAGAAUUGGAAUAAAAAAAUGGAGAAUUACAACAUAAUUAUGAUGUAUUUAAAUCUAUGGAAACUAAAGAAAAAGAAAAAUUAUAAGAUAGAAUUAAUAUGCUUAAAAAAUAAAUUGAAGAAUUGAAUUAAAAGAGAGAUGAUUAGGAACAAUCUUUAGAAGGUUCAUAAUAAUCUAUAGGUUUAAAAUAAGCUAUGACAAUAUAUGGUAGUCCUAGAAGUAAUAAUAGUCCUUCGAAAUUACAAUUAUAAUUACCUAUUACAAAUAAAAAACAUUGUUUAAAAGUUAAUUCAUAUGAUAUCAAAGAAUUAAUUAGUAAUUUAAAAAUUAAGUUAUUGAGCAAUAAUAUUGAAUAUGAAACAUAAGAAUAAAUUUUAUGUGAUGAUGAUGAUGAAUUUUUAACUUUAGAAGAAACAUAAUUGCGUUUAUAAAAAGCACCUUUUGAGUUAAAUGAAGAUUAAUCAAGUAUAUUAGCUAGAUAUUUGAUUGAAGAUAAUACAGAAGAUCAUAUUCUGUAUGAUAGAAUGAGAACAUAAACAAAAGUUAUAAUAAAAUCUGUUUAUAAGAAAUUAUUAGGAGAAUAUAAUUUAUUUGAAGAAUAGGAGAAAUAAUAAAUGUAUGAAUACUUUUGUUAAUUGUUUCAUAAAUAUAAUUAGGGAAUGGAAUCUGCAAUAAAAUAAUUCAACAUAAAAAAAAAGUAAUUGGGAAAUAAUUAAUGUGAAUAUGAUGAUUUUAAUGUAAUUCCAAAUAUGUAAUAUAGGAAGCAUUAAAAUAUUGUGAUAUCCUUUUGACUUCUAGAUAGAGACUUUAUUUAGAAUUAGAAAUAUUUUCUGAUUCUUAAUAAUUACAACGAUUUAAUUUUUAGACUCUAUUUUCAAAGUUUAAAUUAAAGGUUUCUGAUUUAGAUAAUAGUAUUAAUUGA